AUGUCGUGGAAACUCACCAAGAAGCUGAAGGAAACCCACCUGGGACCGCCUUCCAUCUUCUCCUCCUCGAGAUCGCCCUCGACCUCCACCAUCACAGAUAAAGAUGAGAAGCUGGCAUCAGCACCGCCAACGAGCUCGUCUACGCCAGCCCCUCCGGACAAUGCUAUUGCCGCCUCGGAAGCAAUGGUACAACAGCCCGUUACGAAGCCGCCCAAGCCUGGUAUCCUCGUCGUGACCCUACACGAAGGCCAGAACUUCGCCCUUCCCGAACAGCACCGCCAGUCCUUUGCCGCGCAGGGCCACCAGGGUUCGGUCUCGUCGAGUGGUGCCCUCAGUGGAUCGGUGCGCCCUGGCUCGCGAGGCACCCCCGGCUCCUUCAUGAACGGCAGGCCACAGACGUCGGGAGGUGGCUUUUCCGGCAUUCCCUCCAACCACGGCAGAAUCUCUAGCAAAUACCUGCCCUAUGCGCUGCUGGAUUUCGACAAGGUUCAGGUCUUUGUCAACUCGGUGUCGGGGAACCCGGAAAACCCUCUGUGGGCUGGUGACAACACCCAGUACAAGUUCGAUGUGUCCCGCGUGACCGAGCUCAACGUGCAUCUGUACAUGCGCAACCCCAAUGCCCCGCCAGGAUCCGGCCGCAGCCAAGACAUCUUCCUGGGAGUCGUCCGUAUCAACCCGCGCUUCGAGGAGAAGCACUCGUUCGUGGAGGACCCCAAGGCCAGCAAGAAGGACCGCGAGAAGGCGGCGGCAGAGUUUGCGAGCCGGGAGCGCUCGUUGGGACACUCGGGCAUCCAGUGGGCUGAUGUUCAGUACGGCUCGGGCAAGCUGAAGAUUGGCGUCGAGUACGUCGAGAACCGUGCGGGCAAGUUGCAGAUCGACGACUUUGAGCUGCUGAAGGUUGUGGGCAAGGGCAGUUUUGGCAAGGUCAUGCAGGUUCGCAAGAAGGAUACCAACCGUAUCUACGCGCUGAAGACGAUCCGCAAAGCCCACAUCAUUUCGCGGUCCGAGGUUGCCCACACCCUAGCAGAGCGAUCAGUCCUGGCUCAGAUCAACAACCCCUUUAUUGUGCCGCUCAAGUUCACCUUCCAGUCGCCCGAAAAAUUGUACUUCGUCUUGGCCUUCGUCAAUGGCGGAGAGCUUUUCCACCACCUGCAAAAGGAGCAACGUUUCGACGUGAACCGGGCGCGGUUCUACACAGCCGAGCUUCUCUGUGCUCUGGAAUGCUUACACGGCUUCAAUGUCAUCUACCGAGAUCUCAAGCCCGAGAACAUCUUGCUCGACUACCAAGGUCACAUCGCCCUCUGCGAUUUUGGCCUGUGCAAGCUCGACAUGAAGGACGAAGACCGCACAAAUACUUUCUGUGGUACUCCCGAGUACUUGGCGCCUGAGCUUCUGAUGGGCCAGGGUUACAACAAGACUGUCGACUGGUGGACUCUAGGAGUCCUAUUGUACGAGAUGCUUACAGGUUUACCGCCCUUCUACGACGAGAAUACCAACGAAAUGUACCGCAAGAUCCUCUCCGAGCCCCUGCACUUCCCCGGACCCGAGGUCGUCCCUCCUGCCGCCAAGGAUCUCCUGACCAAGCUUCUCAACCGCAACCCAGACGAGAGACUGGGCGCUGGUGGCAGUGCCGAGAUCAAGGCGCAUCCUUUCUUCCAUGCCAUUGACUGGCGCAAGCUUCUUCAGCGCAAAUACGAGCCCACGUUCAAACCCAGUGUGACUGAUGCGCUUGAUACUGCCAACUUCGACCCCGAAUUCACAUCUGAAGCGCCGCAGGACUCGUAUGUUGAGGGGCCUGUGCUAUCGCAGACAAUGCAAAAUCAGUUUGCUGGGUUCAGUUACAACCGGCCGAUUGCGGGCCUGGGCGAUGCUGGUGGUAGUGUGAAGGAUCCCAGUUUUGUGGGCAGCAUCCAGGACCGACGAUAG